AUGGCGGCAUGUACUCGCAGCACAGACGAUGCCCCUCUUGACGAUGACGACAUCGUCCUGAUCCCAGAAGAGGUCAUGCAGCAGGCAAGAUUGGCCAUGCAGGAGGCCGAAGUCCAUGAGGUCAUCGGCUUGACCAACAGGAGCCCCAAACUGACUCUGACCGCCAACAGGCAAAGCUUGAAAGCCUUGUCCUGUCAAGCUGAUGAGAUUGAACCCUACUUCUCAGUCUCAUGCCUUGGGCCUACGGGCUCGGGCAAGAGUUUCUUCAUCACCAAGUUGCUGACGGCUCUGGGUUACACAGGGACCGUGCCGUAUAGCAUCGAUUUUAACGAGACCGAUGUGGGUGACAUCACUCUCUCAGUGACCUGCAACAUCAGCUGCUACCUCGCCGGCUCCAAGUUGCUCUUUGACGUGGAGGGGACCGAUGGCACCCUGCCGCUGAUGCAGCGGAUUCUGAUGGGCCUGGGAUCCCGCUGGCGUUUGUCGGACGAGGAAAGGAGGUUGCAGCAAGAGAGACGAGAUGCGGUGGCGGAGUUCUUUCCAGCCAUUGCUUUCACCAUCUCUAACACCAUCAUCUACAUCACCCGUGAACCUUUGAAGAACAGCAGCACAAGUCAAGCAAUCACAGCCUUCGCUGCCAGCAUUGCGAGAUCCAGCACCAGUGUACGACCGUAUUUAGUGAUUGUGCACAACUUAUGCCCACUGAAUCAGUUGAGGACAGGAAAAGCGAACGAGGAAGCCCUGGCCAAGGAGUUUUUGCGGACUCAUGAUGAUUCCAACUUUCUGACUGAGACCUUUCGAGGCGUUUGGUGUAUGACCUUUCCAGAUUGCAAUGUGGUGGACAAAAGGAAGAACAUCGAUGGGGAGGUGGUCUUUGAUCAACAGUUGAAGUGUUUGUGCGAGUUGCUGUCCGAGCAGCAUGAAGAGAACAAGUUGGUUCGUCGCAGGCUCCAUUGCGCCCUUCCAGGCAAGUCGCUUCUGACGAUUCUACCUGAAAUCGUGCAACAGGUGAACGAGAAACGGCCUGUGUCAAUUCCUGACAUCCUCAGGACCAAUCUGAAGAACGAUCCAGAUACGGAUUGUUUGGUGCUGAGGCGAACUUGGACAGUUGUCCACAGCUUUGUGGCGGGAAGCUUGGCGGCGGAGAUUCUUCGAGGCCAGACGUUGAAGGACGCCUUGUCACUUUGUAUUGGCAUCUCAGCCCACUACUUGGCCUGGAAGCUGAAAACGCAAGAAAAGGCAGGAUUUCCGGAUCAGUGGGUGGAGGAUCAAGCAGCUUCCUUGCAUGCCAAGCAGAUGGAUUACUUGACCAUGGUCUUUGCAAGAUGCCAGGCGGUCUCACCUCAUGGAUAUGACAACGUGGCCAAGCCCAUGGCAUGUAACGCUCGUCUCCUGGGCCACGACUGCCACAUCACCGGGGAACAGGUAAUCCCAUCCAGGUUCAAUUGGUUUCGACGGAAGGUCACCAUGAAGCUCUUCGGCGGCAUUUUCGACCGCUGGGAGGGGAACUUCGAGUCCGACCCAGUGCUGAAAGAUGCAGGUCUUUGGGGCAAAGACAUCAUGCAGCAAGAAACCGUUGCUGCGGUGCGGCUGCUGCGGGUCAGCACUCCUUCGUCGGACUCUUCUUCAAGCCUUCGAAAAAACUCGAAACACGGCUUCCACCAACACAAUGCCGAGCACUUACGCGACUGGUGUCAGAUUCUGAAGAUCACCCCCAAGGUGGCGAAGCAGGCCGAAAGCAAAACCACCAUUGUUGAGGACCUGAAGUUCCGCAAUCAUUCAUUCUGCUGCGUCUGCUUCACCUUGGUGCAAAGCACACAGAUCGACCUGCAUGUGUGCUCGGAGUGCGUCUCCUUGUUCGACGGGAUGGGGUUUCGCAGCCUCUUUCCUCGGUAUUGGAGCUGGCAGGCCCAAUUUACAGAUGGCCAUUUCCAAGUGCAAUUGGUCACCGCGGAGCUUGAACUUCAAGUGUUGAGCAGUCUCUUGCAAGUCAGUCAGCCCCAUGAACUUGGGAAGGGCCAUGAUGCUGAAAAGAAGCUGCCUCCAUACAGUUCCCUUGAAGUGCAGCAUGCCUGGCGGCUGGAGAACUGCAACCUUUGGCAGAAAUUUGACAGCGGCAGGCGCCACGUUGCGCGGGACUUGAAGAUACUGAGGCAAAAAGCCGGUGAGGGGGCUGACAUGGUCCUAUCCACCAAGAUUGACGAGAGGACCCAACCUUUGAUGCAAGAGGCUGACACGGCUGCUGGUGGAGUCAUGCUGCUACAUGGCACCAAGCCAGAAGUCGUCCUUCCGAUCGUGAACAACGGCAUGAACGAACGCCUGGCAUCUGGUGUUGCUGCCUUCGGGACUGGCAGUUACUUGUGCGAGGAUGCGGAGAAAAUGGACCAAUAUUGUCGGCCAGCGACAUCUUCCCAAGCCCAAGAGCUCCAAAAGGCUUUGUUUGCUCAGAAUGGUGUCCAGAAUUUGGAGGGCUUGUGCUUUUGCUUCGUGGUCCGGGCCACCUGUGGCAAGCCGAUCUAUACCCGCGGCCUGACCCGCGAUGAGGGGGCCAUGCACGACUGCGAGACUGGUGAAGCCAUUUUCCUGAACCGGCAGAGGCGCGAACUCGCGCAGGUUCCUGGAAGUGAUGCAGCCAGGCCGAUCUACCAUCACUCUUUGGUGGUGAACACAGGCAAGGCUCUGAAACGCUUCCGAGAGAUGGUGGUGUACCACGACACCCGUGUCUAUGCCGAGUACCUCAUUGCCUACAAACGCAUUUGA